AUGUCUACCUUGGGGCACCAGACCCCCAGCGGCCUCAAAAUAACCGACUGUCGAGUCUUAGAGGGAUUGCAGAGAUAUUCCUCCAGCCCCACAUACCUGCCGGUCAACUAUCGGGUGCUCAACGCGGACUUGGCGUUCUUCCUGAAGGAAGCCAACCAGGACUUCAUGAGGAACUCUAGCCUGAUGUCCCGGACUGAGCCCUUCUUUAUCUACCAGGCCAGAAGUUUGCCCUCAAUGAACACUAGCUAUGGGCCCCUCUCCGUGGAACAACCUGUCCCUUUAGAGCUCCUACAGAGCCCGGGGACAUUUCCUGCCUCUUCUGUUUUUACCUUCAACUGGAAGGUGCAGACCUUUAUCAUGAAUACCAGGAUUCACUUGGCCAAGCCCAAAGUCCAGGUGCUGUUUUAUGUUGCAGGCAGGGACUGGGACGAUUACAGCGCUAUCGACAAGCUGCCCUGUGUGCACAUGUUUGCUUUCCAUGAAACCCAGGAGGUGCGUGGCACAUGCCAACUGAAGGGGGGGCUGGGGCUGUGUGUGGCUGAGCUGGAGCCCUUGGCCAGCUGGUUCAGCCCACCCAGUAUAGUGCCAGGACGCCAGAGGAACCUUGAGGUGUCCGAGGGCACACCAGUGGAGCUGUACUACAUGCUGCAGUCCGCAGAAGCAGGGGAGUGCCACUCAGAGGAGGCCAGGAAGGACGACUUCAUCCGCUCAAGCCAGGAAGGGCUGUUUGGUUCCUACACCUCCACACCGCUGCGUAGGAUCGGUGGUGUGAGGCUCUACCAGAACCCCACUCCACCGCCCCUUGUUGAACACAGGCUUGAUAACAACUUUAUGGUCAUGGUGCCAGCAACACCCGUGAGACAGAGAGAAACCGUCUCUGCGUACAUCACUGUGUCAGCCGACUCGCCUGUGGAGAUGUUUACUCUAAGAGUGAAGUUGAAAGAAGGAUUGACGUUUCUUGGGGCUCGUCCCAGCAAUCCCACUCAGUGGAUAGUUAGCCAGGAUGUGAGGAGCGAAGGCCACCGAGUGGUGACUCUCCACUGCCGCAGGAAGGAAUCCGGCUACGAUCAGCAAAGGUCUGAGAUGGGAGUUCAGAGGGUGCUCCAGGUGGAUCUGAAAAUGGAAAUCUUUCCUGAGCCGUUGGGCAGCCGCUGGAUGGCCUGGCAGGUGGAGUACCCGGCCAGUCGUACCACCACACAAGAGGCUGAGACGGAGAUCCAACUGGCGCAGGAGGACCUGGCGGGCAUCGUGCCCCUGGCCAUGGACUCUGAGAUUUUGAACACCGCCGUGCUGACUGGGAAGACAGUGGCUGUCCCUGUAAAAGUGGUGACCAUCGGAGUCGACACCUCUGUCACAGACAUCUCCGAAGCAGUUAAGUGUCGCACGACAGACGAAGAUGUGGUCAAGGUGUCAGAUAGGUGCGACUAUGUUUUCGUGAAUGGAAAGGAGAUGAAGGGCAAGGUGAAGAUGAUGGUGAACUUCACCUAUGGAUACCUGAGUGCUCAGCUGGAGCUCAACGUGUGGAUCCCUCGACUGCCCCUCCAGAUUGAGGUGUCUGACACGGAGCUGAGCCAGAUCAAAGGGUGGAGGGUACCCAUCAUGGCCACCAGUCAGAGGUCCACACGGGACAGCGAGGAUGAUGAAGAUGAAGACAGAAGAGGGCGAAGCUGCACUCUUCAGUACCAACACGCCAUGAUCAGAGUCCUUACCCAUUUUGUAGCUGAGUCAGCUGAUCCUCGAGGCCAAACCAGUUUCAUGCUGGGCACUGAUUGGCAGGUGGACAUCACAGAGCUGGUGUGGGACUUCCUAAAAGUAGAGGACCCGCAGAUUGCAAAGCUACUGGACAGGAGGAUCCUGGUGGGACUGGACAUGGGGAUGACAACAAUCCAGGUGUUGUCUCCUUUGUCCGACUCCAUCCUGGCAGAGAAGACUAUCACAGUGGUGGAUGACAAAGUGACCAUCACAGAGCUGGGCGUCCAGCUGGUGACGGGCCUCUCCAUGAGCCUCCAGCUUAGUCCAGGAAGCAACAGAGCCAUCCUGGCCACCACAACCACACAGGAGAUUCUGCAGAGCCCCAAACAGGAGGCCUUGAUCAGCGCAUGGCUGCAGUUCAGCGACGGCUCUGUGGCUCCUCUAGACCUGUACAAUGCCGACUUCUUUAUCCUGACGGCCACCUCCCUAGAUGACGAAAUAGUAACAGUGCAGCAGAACCCCUCGUGGAAGUGGCCUGUCAUCGUGACGGAGGCGGAGGGCCAAGGCCUGCUGGUCAGGGUGGAAAUGACUGUUUGCGAGGUCUGCCAGAAGUUCAAGCGGCGCAGCAUCCUGGCAGCAGGGAACUGUAACGUCAGAGUGAAGUUUGGUCAUAGUGACAGCUCAAGGGGAGGGAGCAGCGACUACAGCCCUGAUGGAGACGACAUGGAGAACGGAGGCAGGCUCUCCCCAUCCCAGGACAGGACCGGCCCCGACACUCACUACUAUGGCAGCUCCAUCUCUGACAUGGAGGAUGGGGUGUUGAAGAGAGCCACCACCACUAGAAGCGCAAUAAUGCGCAGACCCAAUGGAGAUAAACUUUCAGAUGAUGAUAGGCAGAACAUGCCUAUUGACUUUGCUGACUUCCCUGCACAAGUGGACCUGCCCCGCGGUCGCAAUAUGGACGAUGACCUCAUUCAAACUGCUCGUGGGCUCACAGACCUGGAGAUCGGCAUGUACGCUUUGCUGGGGGUCUUCUGCCUUGCCAUCCUGGUCUUUCUCAUCAACUGCAUUUCAUAUACCCUGAAGUACCGCCACAAGGAGCUCUCGAUUGAGGGCCAGGAGAACAUGAACCAUGCCCACGAUUGGGUGUGGUUGGGGAAUGAGGCCGAGCUGCUGGAGAGCCAGAUCAGCCUGUCGCCCCAGCAGGAGGAACAGACCUCCAUGAUAGACUCGAGCGGCGGGCUUGAGGAAGGCAGCCACUUGCUGAACGGAAGCUCAGCCCAGAAGAACGUGCAGGGCCAAGUGCACCGGGCAGCAGACACUGGGUGCAUAGUCAAGGAUAGCAAGGGAGACUCACCCACCACCAAGAGGAAGCGAGUCAAGUUCACCACGUUCACCACCAUCCCCUCAGACAGUAGCUACCCCACUGUGAACACACUGACUGGAGGCCACAGCCGGGACAUUAAGUGGGUUUGCCAAGACGUGGAGCUGGAAGACUCCAAGGAGUUGCGCAAUUACAUGGAAAGAGGAAAGUGGGUCUGGACAGAAACCGGACCCUGA